AUGACGCACAACCGCACCCUAAUGAAUCCAACGAUGGCCUUGUGGCGCACCAAGUACGAUUGGCAAUAUACGGCUGAGCGAUCGAACCUGUCCAGUCUCAGCCUGGUGAAUGGUGCUUACCUUCCUCGAGGGAAGAUGUUGGGAGGAUCCAGUGGAAUCAACCAGAUGGCGUACGUUCGAGGGAAUCGUCGAGACUACGACCAGUUGGAACGGUUGGGGAUUGAAGGCUGGAGUUGGGAUGAGGUGCUGCCGUACUUUAUAAAAUCUGAGAAUAAUAGGGCUGACGAGGUACUGAAUGCCUAUGGCGGAGGGUAUCAUGGAGUAGGAGGAUAUCAGAGUGUAAACUUCAAGCCGGAGUCUGUACCCUAUGAUUUAAUGCUGAUGACGGCUUACAAAGAAGCCGGUUACAAGCAGUUGAUCGAUUUCAACGCAGUCGAACACAUCGGGUAUGGUAGGUUUCAAUACACCAUCGAAGGAGCUACCAGGGCUAGUAGUGCCAAAGCAUUCCUGAAUCCCGUUAAACACCGGAAGAAUUUACAUGUAAUCAAGAAUGCUUUUGUGACUUCUUUGCAUUUUGAUUCGACCGAUAAGGUUCGAGGAGUAAACAUGGUUGUUCAGGAUAAAUAUGAAAUGCGGGCUCUGGCGAAGAAGGAAGUUGUACUUUCGGCUGGUGCUUUCAAUACUCCGCAGAUUCUAAUGCUAUCAGGUAUCGGUAGAAGUGAACAGUUAGAUGAACUCAACAUACCAAACAAAGCAGAGUUGAGUUUGCCCGGUUUCCAGGACAGCUUGUGGCACACGGAAUACGACUGGCAGUACACCGCUGAACGCUCGAAUGUGUCCAGUCUCAGUAUAGUGGAUGGAGCAUAUUUGCCUCGAGGAAAGAUGCUGGGAGGUUCGAGUUCCAUGAACCAGAUGUUCUAUGUCCGUGGGAAUAGCCGAGACUACGAUCAGUGGGAACAAUUGGGAAACGAAGGCUGGAGUUGGGACGAUGUCUUGCCCUAUUUCAUUAAGUCUGAAAAUAACAAGGCACCUGAAGUUGUGAAUGCUUAUGGGGGAAAAUAUCACGGAGAAGAAGGGUAUCAGAGCGUGGAUUUCAUGCCGGAGUCCUUGCCUUAUGAUUCAAUAUUGAUAGAAGCAUACCAAGAAGCGGGCUUCAAGCGGUUGAUCGAUUUCAACGCAGUUGAACACAUAGGAUAUGGUUGGAUGCAAUACACCAUCGAAGGAGCUACUAGAGCUAGUAGCGCUAAGUCAUUUCUUAAUCCUGUAAAGCAUAGGGAAAAUUUGCAUGUUAUUAAGAAUGCUUUUGUGACUUCUUUGCAUUAUGAUUCGAAUAAUACGGUACGAGGCGUUAACAUGAUCGUACAGCAAAAAUUUGAAAUGCUGGUUUUGGCAAAGAAGGAAGUUAUUCUGUCAGCUGGAGCUAUCAAUACUCCUCACAUCCUCAUGUUAUCGGGUAUCGGUAGAAGUGAGCAGUUAGAUAAAUUGAACAUUCCUCUUAAGAAAGAGUUAAACGUGGGUAACAAUUUGCAAGAUCAUGUAUACAUUCCACUAUUUUUCGGAUUGGACCGUUCAAUUUCGAAUGAUGAGGAUCUUAGUAGUAGAACUUUGAUAAACCUUUUCGAUUAUACUUUCUUCAACCGAAGUCAACUUAUAGUGAUGGAUAAAAUAAGGAAUGUGAUGGGAUUCGCUAAUACUAAAAGCAAGGUGGAGAAGUUUCCGGAUGUUCAGUACUUUAGCCUGUUUUUCGCCAAAGGAGACCUCACCGCGUUACAGUUCUUUGAGAUUCAUAAAUACGAAUCAUAUAUAACCGAAUCUAUGCGAAAUUAUGUUGAGAAGCAAGAUGUUGCGGGAGUGCUCAUUGCGGGACUCACCCCUAAAUCACGAGGAAGUUUGAAGAUAGUCUCAACCAACCCUUAUGACCAUCUUGCAUUAGAGACAGGCUUCUUCUCAGCAUCAGAAGAUAUUGUACCGAUCAUUAAAGGAAUAAGGGAUCAGCAAAGGUUAUUUAAUACGCCAACUUUUAAGCGAUAUCAGGCAAACAUCAUCAAACUCGAUAUACCGGAUUGUGACCUCAUAACCUUCGACACCGACCAAUACUGGGAAUGUUAUGUAAGACAUAUGAGCACGACUACCUAUCAUCCUUCGGGAACGGCGAAAAUGAGCCCAAGGUCAGAUCCGGAUGCUGUUGUGGACUCACAGCUCCGUGUUCAAGGCAUCAGAGGAUUACGGGUCAUCGAUGCAAGUAUAUUUCCUCUGAUUCCCAGUGGCAACACUCAUGCCCCAACGAUGAUGGUAGCCGAGAAAGGGUCGGAUAUGAUCAAACAAUUUUAUAUAUAA